AUUGCGACAGUUUGUCAGUUUGGCAGCUGAACGUCAAGCUAUCAAAUAUUGCGAUCCUUCAGAAGCAAUUACUGGGAAAUUAAAAAUCUAAUUAAAUCAGGCCGCACACGUUGGUCAGUGAGGCAUCAAUAGAGAGCAAAUAUUGUGUCCAGCUAUGAAAAGUCAAACUUUCAAAUACGCGCAAGCUUUGACAAAAGAGCGCCUGCCGUUUAUUCCGGUUCAAUCGAUAUUGCCCCAUUUUUGUGAAGGUCGCAGCCUUUUUUUUCGCGACACUAAAACAAAAAUCAGCGAAAACACGUCACGCUUGUUUCAAAAACGUCAGUCUAAAAAUACCGCCAAGAUCGGUCACGCAAAUUUCCUAUCGUCCAGUCUAGUUUUUUCUAGGACGAACUCGUGUGCGGUAAAUAAAAUGAAAACCAUUAAGCUGGCGACGAGUGGCCAGGAAAUGCCCAUGGUGGGGCUCGGCACCUGGAGGGCGCAGCCCCAUGAAAUGGAAAAUGCCGUCAAUGUGGCCUUAGAGUGCGACUACCGACACAUCGAUACAGCAUUCAACUACAACACCGAAGAAGCCAUUGGGAAUGUGUUGAAAAAUUGGCUGGGAUCGGGACGUGUCAAGAGAAAUGAACUGUUUAUCACCACCAAGCUCCCAAACUUUGGAGGAAGACCCAGCGAUGUAGAGCGGUUCUUGAAAUUGUCUUUAAAAAAACUCAACCUUGACUAUGUAGACCUCUACCUCAUUCACAUGCCAUUCAGCUUUCAGCUGAACGAAUGCUCCCUGUCCCCUCUGGUGAAUGACGAUGGGAGUUUUGCGUUGGAUCCAGUGGACUAUCUGGACACUUGGAAGGUGAUGGAAGAGCAGGUUCGAAUGGGCCGAAUCAAAGCAAUCGGUGUGUCGAACUUCAAUGCUGAGCAACUGGAGCGACUCUAUGAUAAUGCGGAUAUCAAGCCCGACGUUCUACAGGUUGAAAUGCAUGCUUAUUUGCAACAACGCGAGCUGCGGGCGGUGUGCCAGCGACUACACGUAGCAGUGACGGCUUAUUCCCCCCUGGGGAGUCCCGGGGCCAACACGCAUUUCAGCUCCAAGUACCAGUACUCAUUGGAUGAUUUUCCCGACAUAUUAGGGCAUCCGACAGUGAGAGAAGUGGCACAGAAGUACGAGAAAACGCCUGGCCAGAUCUUGCUGAAACACUUGAUCCAGGAGGGCGUCAUAGUUAUCCCGAAGAGUGGCAAUCCGGAACGAAUCAAAUCCAACAUAAGUCUGUUUGAUUUUGAGCUGGCGCUCCAGGACGUGGAGCAGCUGGAUCAGCUGGACCGGGGGGAGAAUGGGAGAAUUUUCAACUUCUUGUUCUUCAAAGGGGUGGAAAACCAUCCCUACUAUCCCUUCAAGAGCAAGGAGUCGAACAGUUCAUCACCGACAGAAUGUUCGUAGGGCGACAAUAAAUACAAGUUGUAUAUACUUUC